AUGAAUACAUGUGGUCAGCUUGGUACGAAUAGUGUUCUUGAUUCUACUCAGUCUGUUUAUACUAUUCCAAAAGACGAUUUGAAAACACAUUUUAUUACACGUGAAGGCGUUUAUAAGCAGAUGACUCUUUGUGAAUAUUCAAGGCCUAAUCGUGUUUCUCUUAAUCAGAGUGGUAAUAACAAUACUGGUAAUGCACCAGUUCGUGUAUCCUUUCUCAGUCUUCGGCCUACUACAUCAAAUUGUCGUAAUAGCGAAGAAAAUGAUAUCCUGGUAAACGGCGACAUAUCUUCUCUGCAAAGAAGGUUCAGUGAAACAUCAAAUAUUCGAGAUUUGUCUAAUUCAGUCGAUAAUGAUUCUUAUUAUGAUCGAAUAUGCUUCAAUAUUGGUCGUGAAUUAUAUAUAUUCCAAUAUCGUGGCAUUCAUAGUACAGUUGAUUUAAAUAAACCAAUAGACAAGCGUGUUUAUAAAGGAACCAAUCCGACCUCUCAUGAUUUCAAUGCAACAACUGCGACAGCGAAUUCAUGCAGCUUAAUCGUCGGUUUCUCAGCUGGUCAAAUUCAAUUAAUCAAUCCAUUCCAAAAAGAUUUCCAAGUUAGUCGAUUGUAUAACGAGGAUCGUUUUAUUGAUCGCACUCCAGUUACAUGUUUGAAGUGGAUCCCAGGCCAGCCACAAUGUUUUCUUGCAUCACAUGUGAGUGGUAAUAUGUACCUUUACAAGGAGGAGUUGUCAUGCUUUCCUUCACCGCCUACAUAUCAAAUUUAUAAGCAGGGAAAUGGUUUCACAGUUUAUGUUUGCAAAGCUAAAACACACAGAAACCCUGUUUAUCGUUGGUCUGUUGGCAGUGGUGCUAUUAAUCAGUUUGCGUUCUCACCAACCAAUGACGCUAAAUAUUUGGCGACUGUUAGUAACGACGGAUUUUUGCGUAUAUUCAAUUACCACACAAUGGAAUUAGUCGCAUUCAUGAAAUCAUAUUUUGGUGGUCUUCUAUGUUUAUCAUGGAGCCCGGAUGCCCGUUAUAUUGUCACAGGUGGUGAAGAUGAUUUAAUAACGGUAUAUUCGGUCCUUGAAAAGCGGGUUAUUUGUAGAGGUCAAGGACAUAAAAGUUGGAUAUCUCAAGUUGCAUUUGAUCCCUAUACACCAUUUUCAUCAGAUUUGCAUCAUCCACCUGGUGGAGCUACUGAUCUUGGCUCUGAAGAUGAUUUACGGCCUGUGAACUUGAGUAAUAGUGGUCUUCUCUUUAAAGGUGGUUCACAAUGUAUGAAUCGUGGCGUUUGUCAUGUGAAUACUCAUUUUAGUAAUCCUUUUAAGAUGGGAUUAGUAUCAUCAGUUGCAUCUCAGCCAGAUUCUUCAUCUUUUGUAAAUACAAAAAGCCCAGGUGGAUCAACAGUGAAUUUACGCACGGGUACUUCAGGGUCAUUAAUAACUCGUUCACAGAAAGAAUCUUUUUCUUCACCGUCGCUUGGGGGAACUGGAGGCUGUACAGGAUUUGGCAUUUCGUACAGGAUCGGUUCUGUGGGUCAUGAUACGCAUUUAUGUCUUUGGGACUUGACGGAAGAUAUUUUACGUCAAUCUAGUUCGCAAAGACAUCGCGGUUCCACAAUUAUUACGAUUGGCACUGAUCAAAUUUUAUCCUCAUCUUAUGCUUUGGAAGCAUCAAAGCCAUCAAACUCGGAAACGAAAGGUGCACACCGAAUGAAAGAUAAAAGAUUGCAUAAAAAAGGUUUCAACUUUACAGCGAAGUUUUCUGGUAAUUCACAUGACAGAUGGGGUCGAUCUAAUCAGUCUUUAAGUAAUGAAAGAGAACGGCGUGAGAAUGCUGUCGGCCGUCUGCUUGGAACAUCACUUUGUCCGAGAAUGGAGGAAGUUACUAUAAUUGAGCCGUUAAUUUGUAAGAAAAUUGCUCAUGAAAGAUUGACCGGAUUGGAAUUUCGUGAAGAUUGUGUCAUUACGGCUUGUCAAGAAGGUUUCAUAUUAACGUGGGCUCGACCGGGCAAAGCAGCUCAGCGGCCCAUUACGAAUUCUCUUUCAAAUCUGCAUAUAAAUCCAGUUGUCCCCGGUGGUACUGUAGUCUGA